UCCGCUUGCUCUGGAAUGGAGGCUGAGCAGCUCUGCACUUGUGGCUCUUCUUUGUGCGAAACAGAUCAGAGAUGCCUCGCCGUGACUGCGGGUUUGAUUACUGGCGGCACCUGCUGCUACUUCUCUACUUCUGCUUCUCAUCACAGUGGCAGAAGCGAUGGAAAGCCCAAAGGGAAACCCCCGAAGGAAGAUGAGGAGGAAAAGAGACGCCGGGAGAGGGAAGACCAGAUGUAUCGUGAGCGCCUGAGGAUUCUCUUCCUCAUUGCUGUCAUCAUGAGCCUGCUGAACUCACUGACCACCAGUGCGGGCAACAUCUCCUGGAAUGACUUUGUGAAUGAGCUGCUGGCAAAGGGGGAAGUCCAGAGCGUGCAGGUGGUGCCAGAGAGCGAAAUCGUGGAAAUCUACUUGCAUCCAGGAGCGAUCGUCUUUGGAUGGCCUAAACUAAGCUUGACCUACAUAAUGAAGGUGGCUAACAUUGACAAGUUCGAGGAGAAACUGCGAGCAGCUGAGGAGGAGCUGAACAUCGACUUGAAUGACCGAAUCCCCGUCUCUUACCGGCGCAGCAGCUUCUUUGGAAAUGCCCUCUACACCUUGGGAAUGACUGUGGUGAGCGUUGGCAUUCUGUGGUACAUAUUUCGGCUGGCUGGCACAUCAGGAAGGGAAGGCGCCUUCAGUGCCUUCAACCAGCUGAAAAGGGCUCGCUUCACAAUUGUGGAUGGCAAAUCAGGGAAAGGUAUCAGUUUCAAGGAUGUUGCAGGCAUGCACGAAGCCAAGACAGAAGUCAAGGAAUUUGUGGAUUAUCUGAAGAGUCCGGAGCGCUAUCUGCAGCUGGGUGCCAAAGUGCCCAGAGGUGCCCUCUUGCUUGGGCCACCGGGCUGUGGCAAGACCUUGUUGGCCAAAGCAGUGGCUACGGAGGCACAAGUGCCGUUCCUGGCGAUGGCUGGCUCCGAGUUUGUGGAGGUGAUCGGUGGUCUUGGCGCUGCCCGGGUGCGGAGUCUCUUCAAAGAAGCCCGAGCUUGUGCCCCAUGCAUUGUCUAUAUAGACGAAAUAGACGCGGUGGGGAAGAGGCGUUCGACAAACAUGUCUGGCUUCUCCAACACAGAAGAGGAGCAAACUCUGAACCAGCUGCUGGUAGAAAUGGACGGUAUGGGGACCACGGAUCACGUCAUUGUGCUGGCAUCCACCAACCGAGCGGAUAUCCUGGAUAAUGCCCUCAUGAGACCUGGGAGGCUGGAUCGCCACAUCUUUAUCGAUCUGCCCACUCUGCAGGAGAGGAGGGAGAUCUUCGAGCACCACUUGAAGGGCCUGAAGCUGUCCCAGCCUAGCAGCUACUACUCCCAGCGGUUGGCCGAGCUCACCCCAGGCUUCAGUGGAGCUGACAUUGCCAACAUCUGUAACGAGGCUGCUCUGCAUGCUGCGAGAGAGGGUCAUAAAUCCAUCGACACAUUCAAUUUUGAGUGCGCUGUGGAGAGAGUAAUUGCAGGAGCUGCCAAAAGAAGCAAGAUCCUGUCGCAGGAGGAGCGGAGGGUGGUGGCGUUCCACGAGUCAGGCCACGCCCUGGUGGGCUGGAUGCUGGAGCACACCGAAGCAGUGAUGAAGGUGUCCAUAGCUCCUCGCACAAAUGCUGCACUGGGCUUUGCCCAGAUCCUGCCAAAGGACCAGUACCUGCUGACCAAGGAUCAGCUCUUUGAGCGGAUAUGCAUGGCCCUGGGGGGCAGAGUCGCAGAAGCCAUCACCUUUAACAAAGUGACUACAGGGGCCCAAGAUGACCUCAGGAAGGUCACUAGGAUAGCCUAUUCGAUGGUGAAACAAUAUGGAAUGAUGCCCACUGUUGGCCAUCUGUCCUUCCCAGAGACUGAAAGUGGCCCGGGGAUUGGACGGCGCCCCUUCAGCCAAGGGCUGCAGCAAAUGAUGGACCACGAAGCGAAGAUGCUGAUAGCCCAAGCUUAUAGGCACACGGAGAAACUACUGAUGGAUAACCGGGAAAAACUGAAGAUGCUGGCAGACGCCCUCCUGGAGAAAGAAGUCAUCAACUACGAUGACAUUGAAGCCAUUCUUGGCCCUCACCCCCACGGGCCCAAGAAAAUGAUCUCCCCCCAGAGCUGGAUUGAAGCAGAGAGAGACAAACAGGACGUAGGAGAUGAAGAACCCCCGCCUCCACAAUCGCCCCGCUACAAGGAGGAGCAAGAGCCUCACCUGAGCUCCGUUUGAAACCCGUUCAUGAAGCAGAGCAGCGGGAUGAAGUCAGGCUUCCUUUCCAAACCGAGAGGCGCUGGGGGAAGCCUUGCUUCUGCAUCAUCCGUCCAGCCCGGUUUGGAUGUGGGUUGUAAGUGGGCCGAGCAGGGAACGGUGCCGGAAGCACCAUUUUUGAGGCCCCUUGGCUUUUGGUUCAGAGCUGCUCUGAGCGACCCACCCUUUGUGGAACAAACCCAGUUCUCUGCCUGGCGUCUCCUGCUUAGCUUUCCUCACUAGAACCGUUUUGUUUACCCACCAGCAAGGAUUAGGGUACACAGCCUGAGUUGACCCUGCGUCUUGGAUGCAAGAGCAUUCCUCCAGUUGCUCUGGACGGGGAGAAACUGUAGGGACUCGAGCUUUAUCAACAGUUCUGGGUGCUACUUACGGAGAGGAGGAGGAGGACGGGCACAGCUUUGGCUGGUGGAUCUCCCCAAAGUUAAUUUGAAUCUCCUUUAGGAGACUGUAGUUCCCAGAGAGAACUCUUGUUCACACCUGUCCAAGGCAGUGUGGGCCACUCGCAGCACUGCCUCACUUCCACCUCACCUGCUAGGAGGGUCUGGCUUGUACGCACGCACUGAGCUACCUCAGUGUGGAGAGACAUUUGGUACAGUUUCAAAAUAGGCCAUUGCAUUGCAGAACUGAGAAAAGCAGCUAUUUUAGUUCGGCUGCGUAAGCCUUCGCGAAGCUCCGUUGCCUCAGCCCAGCAGUCUCCGAUGAUCCGUCGCUGCCACCUGGUGGUCUGCUGAGGAACCUGCCCCAUAUUUUGCUCCAGCGGAGAGCUAAGAGGUUAAGCUACCCAGUUCCUGACUGGUGAUGGCAAUUUCCAAGGGCCCCCGAUUCAUAUUCAGCUCAUCAAAUGGUUCUUGGUGAGGGACAGCCCAGCCGUUCUAGGUGGUAGCAGAGGGUUCUGAGCAUUGGGGCUCAGCAAGAUGCAAAGUGAGGCCAUAAGCUCCCUAUGCCAUCCAAGUCUGCAGCCUAGCAACGUCUUCAUGAAAACCCCUUUGUUAAAGAAAUUCAGGAACAGCAACAUAAAUGAAGUGUAAUUUUAGGGCACAUCCACGUGUUUGCCUUUUUUUGGCAAACUGGAGAGGCUUGUAUUUUGUUUGCAACGGGCUGCUGUAUUUUAAUAAAGAUUCAGAAGUGCUGCACAUCCGAGUAUUGCUGAACCUUAAGGGGGUUUUAACUAGGAAAACCACAUUUUCUAUUCCCUGUUCUGAACAAUGUCCUCAGAUUUCAGGAUGAGGGAUAUAAAGGUGAAGUUUUCUUUC